UAAUCGCUUAUAUAUAUAUAUAUAUAUUUUUUUUGUUUUGCAAUCAGAAAAUUUGCGAUGGCAGAAUCGGGAUGUGGAAUUAAUCAGUGCAAGGAAGAAGAGCCAGAAAUUAUUCCAGAAGCGGGACCAUCGUCUCCCCGGACAGACGAAUACCAAUGGCAAGAAGCUGUAAGUGUUGGAGAGAGCAUUGCUAAAUCUGGAAGAUUUAGUCGUCGCGGUAGCAGCUAUGUACGAUUGCUCAGACGGUGGAAAGAUGUACGAAAUACUCCGUACACUACAAGUCGUCCAAAGGACUCGCAAAUUACAAAAUUUCUAUGCGCAGCCAUGGUCAACAACACGGAACUGCUGCAGGAGAUGAUUGAAAAAGACUUCAAUCCUGACACUAGGGAAGCUACGUUCAAUAGAUCCGCGCUACACAUCGCCUGCAGCAGAGGUUUCACCGAUUCAGUGAAACUACUUCUUGAAAAUGGUGCAAACCCUAACAUAAGAGAUCUCAACGGAAACACGCCACUCCAUUUAGCAUCCUGCACAGAACACAUUGCAAUAAUUGAUUUGUUACUCAAAUAUGGCACUAAUGUUACACUUAAGGAUUCGAAUGGUUUGAUCGCGCUAGAAAUUGCGAUAGGAAAACUAAGAUUAUCGGAUAGAAUCAUUUCCAAAAUGCAAAAGCUUACCAAAAGCGAUAUUCACACUCAUAGAAAAAAUGUUGUCAAAGUUUGUGAAAUGAUUUUCCAGGCAUUCAAACAGCAAGUUCGUGGAGGCAGUCUGUUGUAUAUCGACCCGAGUGAAGCCGGCCAUAUGCAUCAACGUCACCUGGAAGAGCUGUUAGAAGAACUUACUGAACAGCUGAAUAAAAUUAAAGCUAGGAACAUUGAUUUCGACGCAAUGGUCGAUCAGGUAGAGAAUCUCAACAUCAAAGGCGCAAUCGAUAGUGAUAUUAAUAAUCUUUUAUCAACGUUACAAAAACUAUCGAUGUGAAUUAUAUAAAUUUAGUGCGGAUGAAUUGGUUUCAACAUUCCAAAGUAUGCUGCUAAUGCGAAUUUUAGUUUUCACUAGUCAAUUUUUAUGUAAUCAUAGUAAAAGGUUUCUAGUGUUACACUUUUAUCACGACAGGAAACUUAUUUUACAGAAGCAAAAUAUGUUUCGCUAAAGGAAUUAUAUUACUUUUUGAUUUUAUUAAGUGAAAAACAUUUUUAAAUAUACCUUUAAUUCUACAGUACAAUAAAUCAAUGUGUAACCGGUAGAUAUGCAGUCUAUUUUCG